AGUGUGCAGGCUUGAUAUGGAUAAUUUCAGUUGCCAGAAGUCGCGUAAUUAUUAAUUGUCUGUGUACAACGGCUCGGAUGCAGAGAUGGAAGACUCGCCGAGCAUGUUGAGUGGAUCGAAUUCUAAUGCAAAUUCACUGGCUGAAUCUGCCCACGUUGGACAGGAAGAACGUUACAAUCAUGUCAGAGUGCUAGGAAAGGGGGCAUUCGGUGAAGCGGUUCUUUAUAGUAAAACUGAGGAUAACUCCUUGGUUGUCUGGAAAGAGAUCAACUUGGCACAGGCAACAGAGAAGACGAAACGAGAUGCUCAGAAUGAGAUUGAUAUUCUGUCUCUGCUGAAUCAUGCCAAUAUCAUCACAUACUAUAAUCACUUUGUGGAUGAAAGCUCCUUGUUUAUCGAGAUGGAGUAUGCAAAUGGUGGAACUCUCUAUGAGAAGAUCGUUCACCAAGGUGAACAGCUGUUUAGUGAAGAGACAAAAUUGGCCCGUUCAGCACAGUCAGCUGGGAAAAAUUUGGAACAACCUUAACAAAUGGUUGCUGCUCGAUGGAAAAGAAAAGGAAGUGGCACAGAAUACAGUAGUAUUUGCUGCAGAAGUGACUCCAAAGUCGUUGUGGGGCUACCAUCGCACUUGCUCAAUGGUACAAGGCCUACAAGUAAGUCGCAUGCUUUUUUCCAUUUUCUGUUGUAUAAACCCUCAUCUGUUUCUAUUUGAAACUCAUCCAGGUCAAUUUGCAUACUGUGCAGUGCAUGUUACUUGAUUUAAUUAAUUUAAAAGUAAUUUCUUCUCUCGAAAUAUGGGCUGAAAGUCCAAAAAACGAGUGUUCAGAAACAGAUAAAAAAUUGAGUGUUUUCAAACAUGGCACACUCAAAAUGUUCAUUAAAACAAAACUGAGAACAACUUGCAGGUAAACGUGCAUCUUAUAGCAAAGUAUGGUUCUUUUGUACCGGUAGCACUUGAAUCUUAGGGAUUGUAAAUUUGGAAACCCUGUAGGGGAGCUACAUUUUAACUUGUGAAUUCACCUUGGUAGAUGACUGUGACAACAUGCUCGAUAACUGUAGGGUUAAAGUAAAAAAAGGGCAGGGUUUUGACUUUUUAUGGAAAUUAUGAGGGGAACUGUGAGUGUUUAACACAUGGUAGAUUAAAAUUUGCAUGACUAGUUUAUCAGGGAGAAAGUCAGAUUUUCUCACAGUUUACAAUUUGAACUUCCAAAAAAUAGGGUCAGCAAAAUAAAGAGUGUUGCCUUUGUGUUUUUUUUUGGGGGGGGGGCUUACCAGUUUUGCAAGAUUAAAAUACCAUUAUAAUUAAAACAGGGGGUCCCCAAGUAUACAAUCCCCUGGCUCUUAUUUGAGAAUGGUUUCAUUUCAUGUUUGAUUGAUGUCUGACCAUGCUGACCAAACUUUAAAGCAAAAGUUGCAAAUCCACUUAGUGUGGGGAAACACCAUGGAAUGCAACUCAAUAUUUAUUGUAUAUAAAAUAUAUUUUUUUAUAUUAACUGUUAAAUGAUAGCAACUAAAUACAAACAGUAUUGCUUUUCUGAAAGUGCAGGUCAAAAAUAUUGUUCAUCCAGACCACUGAAGGGAAAAUAUAACACAUCAGCUGACAUUAAUAAAUUAGUUUAUGUGCCAUGAACACAUGUCGUGUCUCAGUUGAUAAUCAGAAAGAACAAUACAGAAUUAAAGAUGGUCAGCAAUUGCUACAUGUAUACAGUGUUAAAUGUUGUUGAGCAUUAAGCCAACUGUGCAUGCCUACUGGAGGUAACACCGCAAUAGUCAUGAAAUGUUGAAGCCGGUUCACGGCACAGAAAAUUUGAAAAUAGGGCAAUUGUCUUUGAGCAUAAAUGUGACAAUUAGGCCUACUUUUUAGUAGAUACUUUUGUAUUAAGUGCUGUUUUAACUUAACCCCUUCGCACCGGGAGGUGG